CAGACGUGUCUGAGUGAGGCUGCUGUUACAACACUGAGGAGUGCGCUUUAUUAUAAUCGCAGACUCCAACAGGAAGAUGUUUCAGGAACAUACUCAGGAGGUUCUCCAUCAAGUAGAUGCAAAAAAAAAACUCACCCUCCAUGGAGAUUUAACUAAAAAGGUGGAUCUCCUGACACUGGUCAAAAAGAAGAACUCAUUUUUUUCCACUGAGUAUGAAGUGAUGUCUCUCACUCUUGGUGAUCUUGUCUCAGCAUUCGUUGGAUUCUCUGAGUUUGAAGAAACAACCCUCAUCAAGGAUUACAAGCACACUGGCAUGAUCUCUGGGAAGGCCGGCGUAGAAACAGUUGUCAAGGGUGCAGGUGCCGAUGCAGGAGCAUGCGAUGUCAAAAAGACUUCAUCUGUCGACAUUAAUGCAAAGACAGCAAACCUUCGCAAGAUGAAGGAGAAAUGUCUUGGCCAGAAGAUAAAUGAUGACUACAUGCCAACACUGAGGAAGGGAGAGGUGUUGGGUUUUGUAGAUAAGAUUGUGUUCAACACAAAUGACGUCCACCUCCAUGGAAGAACUGAAGUGGAAGGCUCCUUUGCAGCGUUUUUGAAAUUUAUACAUCUCUUUCUGGGGGCCAAGAUGAAGGACGACACUUCCUUUACUGUACCAGCAGGACACAUUUAUGGCUACAGGUUCAAUGAGCUGAAGUUCAAGGAAGAGACAGUGACUUUCCAACUUCUCAGUACGGGACAUAAACCCACUGUUCGAAAUUAUGUAGUGGCCGUGGAACCAGAAACAUUUGAACCUGACGACUCUACUGAAGAGACCCUGGAGACCCUGCAACAAGUGCGAGAAAAGUUACUGAUGACAGAAACUGUUCUCCAGCCACUGGCUCAUCUUCCCCGGGUGACUCGUUUCUCUUUGUUCCAGAGUCUCAGUGCGCUCUCAGAGGACAGUGACGCUCUGACUCUUCUGAAGAAAAAGAUUUUCAGUACUCUGCCCACCAUCAUCUGUCAGACUGUUUUACAGUGAGUGAGGUGACGAUAACGCCAAUG